AUGCAGAAGUCGGCCAUAUUUAAAGAUGAAAAUAAGUUAUGGUUGCACAUUGUACAAGGAAAGCAAGUGAUCUGUACGAUGCGACCAUUUUUGUUGGUAUUAUGCUUGGCGGUGGGCCUGAGCAGCGCGCGAUGGUUGAGACGAGCCCGCACCGACCAACCAAAAGAGACCAGCUUCGUCGGAGAAGCAACUAACGAACUUUCUACAACUAUAUUUCAGGGUUACAUAGAUGAUAAUAGAAAUAUUGCUUUUUCACCUCUUGGAUAUGCAGCAAUCCUUGCCAUUUUAGCUGAAGGAGCCAAAGGCGAAACAAGAAACCAACUAAUCACAGCAUUGCAUUUGCCAGAAGACCAAAAUCUUACCAGAAAAACUUUUCGUUAUAUAAUGGAGAGGCUUAAAAACACAAAUGAAUAUAAAUAUAAUCAACCGGAAUUGAAAAAUUUCUUUUAUAUUUACAAAAACUAUACCGUUAACGAAGAUUACAAAAAGAUUUUGGAGGAUUAUUAUCUAACAGAAGUUAGAUCAGUUGAACGAUAUAACUCAGACGAGAUAAAAUCGGAUGAUACCAAUACUGACAGUGAAGUUAAUGUUGAACUACCCAAGAAAAAAGAAGAUAGCGAAACGAAGGAAGAUAUUCCUGAGCUUGUACUUCCUAAAGAAACAGAAGAGAAAUUUAUCUCUUUCGCCGUAGUGGAUAAACCUGAAAAAAUUGAUAUUUCACAAACAGAAUAUAAACCUGCAAAGAACAUUAAGGAGAAGAUUAAACUAGUUAAGACAUAUCCUAAAAAAGAGAAAGAAGAAUCGAAUGAUGAAGAAGAAACGAUGGUAGCUGUUGAAGCAAGAAAUCAUGCUAGGAGCUUGAAAAUCCUGCAAAAUAAAAAUGAUAUUACUUCAAGUGUAUCUGUUAAUAGCGUCGGAAAAAAAUCUGGUAAACCUUCUAUAUCAAAUUCUCUAAUGAUUAUCUUCAAUGGAAUGUACUUCCGCGGGUCCUGGAAGCAGCCUUUUGAAGUAGUGGAACCUGGUGUUUUCUAUAAAUCCAAUACGGAGAAAAAACAAGUGCCAAUGAUGAAGGCAACGGGGACAUUCAAGACCAGUUCGCUCCCAGAUUUAGAUAGUGAAGCCAUUUUGUUACCUUAUGAUGGCGGACGAUACGCACUCUUGUUGGUAGUGCCACGUUCGCGUGACGGUCUGACUCGUCUCACUGCUGACUUGCCUUCCGUUCCUGUCUCCGAAAUACAAGAAACGCUUCAAGACGAAGAAUUACAAGUGUCUUUGCCGUCGUUCUACGUGGAGACAACUACUAAACCAGUUGCGGCUUUAGCCAAGUUUGGGGUAAGCAACAUAUUUAGCCGCGAAGCUGAGCUCUCUGGUGUAUCGCAAGACGAGGGCUUAUUUGUUCAAGAGCUUGUGCAACAUGUUGCCGUCCGCGUGGACAAUGCUGAUUCCACUGCGAAUGAACUUAGCGUUGCCAACCCCGGAGUGCAAUCGCUAAAGAACAUCCCUCUCUACGAGGACAGAUCGCCACGCCGCUUCUACGUCGAGCAUCCAUUCAUCUUCUACAUCAUAGACCGUCUGGACAACCUGGUUGUAGUCGCGGGUAAAGUCGUUGAUCCAGAACAACCUACACCGUUUAGAGUUUAA